AUGGCGACAAUAAACAGAGCUAUCAAGGCUGUAGGUCUAUUCUAUGGACUUGCAGCCACCACCCAGGCUCAAGCUGCCUCCUUUGACCCCUUGACAUAUGUCGACUUGCUCAUCGGCAGCAGCAAUGGCGGUAAUGUUUUCCCAGGGGCCACUCUUCCAUUUGGCAUGGCCAAGGCUGUGGCCGAUACGAAUAGCGGUAGCAAUCAGGGCGGAUUUACGCUGGACGGCUCAUCUGUCACCGGUUUCAGCGUCAUGCACGACUCUGGCACCGGAGGCUCGCCGUCACUUGGUAACUUCCCACUAUUUCCGUAUACUUCUUGCCGAGGCGGCGAAGUAGACGGCUGUUCUUUUCCCAAGAAUGAUCGUGUCAAGUUUGGCAGCUUCUCCAACGAGAGCGUUGUUGCGAAGCCGGGAUACUUUGGCAUAACACUUAACAGCGGGCCUAAGGUUGAGAUGACAACAACUCAACACGCUGCGUUGUUCAAAUUCACGUUUCCAAAUGCAGGCCCUGACGAUAAGCCCCUUAUCCUUCAAGACCUGACAGAUCUUUCGAAUUCGAGGCAAGAUAACGGCACCGUGAGUGUUGAUGGAAAGACUGGCCGCUUUACUGGCAAUGCUAUUUUCGUUCCCAGCUUUGGCACUGGUACCUAUAAGCUGUACUUUUGUACAGAUUUCUCAGGAGCGGACAUUUAUGACAAUGGCAUCUUUGUGAACUCACGUGCCAGUGCCGACGUCAAAGAUCUUACCAUCUCGCGCUCUAUCAAUGGCUACCCGUUGCCAGGUGGUGCCUUUAUCCGCUUUAAUAGCGCUCAAAAUCCCAUAUAUGCUCGUACGGGCGUCAGUUUUAUCAACAGUGCUCAAGCUUGCUCCAAUGCCGAGAAAGAAAUUACUAAAUGGGAUCUCGACAAGUACGCCAGCGAAGCCGCCGAUAUCUGGCGGAAGAAGCUUUCUCCUAUUACCAUCAAAGCUGGUAAAGGGGUGAGCGACGACUACAUCACGUCAUUUUACUCGGGAAUUUAUCGCACACUGGUCAAUCCUCAAAAUUACACUGGAGAGAAUCCUCUCUGGAAUGAUGGCGAGCCGUACUAUGACUCCUUUUAUUGCAUUUGGGAUUUGUUCCGAUCUCAAAUGCCAUUUAUGACUAUUUUGGAUCCUGCGGCUCUCACAGAGCAGAUUCGUUCGCUGAUAUCUACCUAUGAACAUUUGGGCUGGCUGCCUGAUUGCCGAAUGAGUCUCUGUCCGGGAUAUACCCAGGGUGGCUCAAAUGCAGACAAUGUCUUGGCAGAUGCCUAUCUUAAGGGCCUCAAAGAUGGCAUCGAUUGGGAAAAGGGUUAUGAGGCUGUUGUUAAAGACGCAGAAGUUGAGCCUUAUGCAUGGUCCACAAGCGGUAGGGGAGGCUUGGACUCGUGGAAGAGGCUCAAUUAUAUUCCCGUACAAGACUUUGACUACAAGGGCUUUGGAACCAUGACACGCACCAUUAGUCGUACACUUGAGUACAGCUAUAAUGACUUUUGCAUCUCCCAAAUUGCUGGAGGACUGGGUAAAAAGCAGGAUCAAGAGAAAUAUAUCGAAUCCAGCGGCAAUUGGCAAAAUCUGUUCAAAGCUGACCAGACAUCAUUCUACUCAAACGGAACCAACACCGGAUUCGAAGGCUUCUUCCAGGCCAAGUUUUUAAACGAGACCUGGUUCACACAAGACCCAUUGAUGUGCAGCAACUUAGAUUCCAAGAGCAUAUGCUCACUUCAGAACUCCGGGGCUGAAACAUUCGAAAGCAGCACUUGGGAAUACGGCUUCUUUGUUCCACACGAUCAGGCUAGCUUACUCAACCUUUAUGGUGGCUCUGACGCCUUUGUUGAUCGCCUCUCUUAUAUGCACGAUCAAGAGAUCACAUAUAUUGGCAAUGAACCUAGUUUUCUCACUGUCUUCCAAUAUCAUUAUGCUGGUCGGCCAGCUUUGUCCGCCGAACGCAGCCAUUUCUAUAUCCCCAGGUUUUUUGCUCCUGCACCAGAUGGGUUGCCAGGUAAUGAUGACAGCGGCGCCAUGGGUAGUUUUGUUGCCUUCUCCAUGAUGGGCCUAUUCCCAAAUCCUGGCCAGGAUGUCUAUCUCAUUAUUCCACCUUACUUCGAGAGCGUCAGCAUCAAGAGCCCAAUUACAGGCAAAACUGCGACUAUACGCAACAUUAACUUCGACCCCACCUACAAGAAUGUGUAUAUUCAAAGGGCUACCUUAAAUGGCAAGCCUUAUACGAAGAAUUGGAUUGAUCAUAGUUUCUUCCUUGAAGGAAAGGAGCUUGUGCUUACUCUUGGUACCAGAGAAAGUUCGUGGGGAACCAGGGUUGAGGAUCUUCCGCCGAGUUUGAGCCCUUACAAUAGUAGCAGCAUUGCUCACACGUCUGCUCCUGCAAGAAGAUCGUAUCAGCCGCGUUUUGAAAGUGGAAAUGUGGGGAUGAUGUUUCAUUGA